AAAUCAAGGCUGUGUUGUUUCCACUCGCAUUUUCAUUCAACGAUAAACAAAAUCGCAUACAAAUCAGACAAGGAGUCAGGUAAGUCAGACUCGGUAGAAGACAAUCUGACAAGCUCUUGUCAAUAAGAUCAUUUCAUAAUAGUGGAUCAAACAGAUUCGGAAAGAUCUACCAUUAAAAUUUAACCAGUAUAAUUUAUAUCUAAAUAUGCGCACGUUACCUUCGUAUUCGAGGGGCGCGAUGCUGCGGCGACAAUGCGAUCCAGCUGAUGUCAUACGAGGGUUAUUUACUUCUAUAUUCCGAAGGAAUUUAUCUACCGGUCAGUCAUCCUAAACGUCAAUGUAAUCAGGUGUCAUAAAUACAUGCGUAUUUAUGUCGUAAAGUAUCGUGCACUCGAUCCUACGAGUGAUAAUGGCAUUUAUAAUGGAGAGUUUCUGUGUUUACGCAGCAUCCGUCUUGCAUGCUGACGAGAAGAGUGGUGGAUUCCGAGAUGAAUUUCUUACUUGGUUGAAGGACAUUUUUAAUAAAUUUGCAGGUGAGCCACACGUCGAUGUCAUUUUAGGAACAGAGGUUAUUUUUGCCGUUUAUUACUUAUUAUUAUAUAACGUAUGUUAUACAAUACAUAAAAAUUAAAUUAUACAAUUCAUGAUACAAUUUUUUUCUUCCUUUCUUUGUUAUAUUAAGACAAUGAUUUGUCAUAAAAAUAACGUAAUUUACAAUAAAAAUAUUCUUUUCAUCUUACGACAAUUUAAUGUUGUUUUGCCAUUACGUCAUAAUAUAUUUAGUAAAACAUGCGUCCCAUAUUUUCAGUAAGAAAGCAAACAGUAUAAUAAUGCACAUGUGAUGCAAUUAAAAUUAUAAUUAAAAUAGAAUAAUGUAGAAAUUACUGUAUUCGUGUACUGUAUUCUGAAUUAUGUAGCACAUUUAAUUUUGAAAAAUUUGAAAAUGUUAUUCUAAAUUUUAUCACGUAAUAGCAAACGAUGUAGGUCAUGGAUGAAAUAUCAUGUUGCAGAGAAUAAAAGCCACAAGAUUGACACCACGAUCGUCGAUCGUGCAGCAACGGCAACAACAUUCGAUCGGCCAGAAAUACCGGCUCCCAAGCGACCUGCGGACUACUCGAACAAGGUCGACGUCGUAAAUCAAAAACUAGUUAACUUUUGCGCGGUGCGAUCGACGACGAAGUUAGAGUAUGUGAACAUCCGCGCUGAGGAGCGUGACGCGGUGAACGGCGAACGUGCGUGCGCGAUUCAACAGUCAGCGAUCUACGAUACGUUGCAGUCGAAUCGUCUUGCGGCUGGAAAUACUUCCGAACGCGUGAUAGACCCCGACUCUCCGUGGAGCAAUUCCGGCAGGAUGUAUCGAUCCGAGAGAAACGGCGACGCGAUCGAGUUUGCGGCGAGAGGCGAUCUCGAUGUGGCCUCGCAUUAUCGUUGUUACACGAGUCCGAGACACUGUUAUCGCCUGCCACCGCAACGGACAAAACAGCCGCUGAUGGGAUUGUGCACCCCGAAUAGAUACAUCAUCGUGCCGGCGCGCACGAUGGUGGGUUUCGUUCCUAGGAACUCAAAGCCACCUAUCAAGGAGCCUAACACGCCCGAAAAGCGCGAGAAGAAAGACGAGAAGAGGGACAAGGAGAAGAAAAAGCCGGCAAUACGUACGGACGGCGAAUCCGUCGAUAGUAACGAGAACCGGGCGGAGAUGGUGGCGGACGAUAACCCGAGGAGUGACCCCGACGCAGCUUCGUUUCGUUACGAGUGGGGCGUGAAACUCGCCGAGGAACAACCGGCCGCCGAGGCGGUGAACGAUAACGAUAAGUUCGCCGAAAAGGGCCAGCUAUACGUCACGAAGCGGCUUUGGGGUGUGAAACUGCAACACCCAAAGCCGGAUAUCGCUCCGGCGACCGCGAGUUCCAGGCGAGGCGCGGGAGAGCCUCGAAACGCCUCUUCGAUCCUCGAGAGUAGCGAUACUACGGAGGACGAAGGGGUGAAGAGCGACGCUGUCCUAGCGCUGGACGAUUCGGCGAAGAAGUCGAACGCAUCGAGCCUGAAAGGUACAAUCGCGGACUAUCUCUCGACUCCGUCGCAUCAGGACGACUCAAGCGUCGACCCUAUUUCGGCGCAACGAAAUAGCGUUGAUGCGAGCUGGUAUAUGAGUUCUGAAGAGCUCCGAAAAAUCAUGAGGACAUCCCCGGACAUGCUGCAGAAGACAAUAAUCGUCGAAGAGUAUAACGUUCCGGAAGAAGCGGGCUCGGACACCGAGAUUACCGCCUGGAAGAAUCUCGUGAUAAAAUCGAUCUCGAAUAUCAAAGAGAAUUAUUUGUCGGCCGGUAAUACGGAGAACGUGGAAACGAUGUCAAUCCGUCCGGAAGCGCCACAGCCGAAAUUGGAUGUGCAAGCUGUGAGAUCCGCCGAAGACGACUUAAAGGAUAGAGAGGCAGAAGAGCAGGCAAACUCGAAGCACAAAUCUCUGAAAUCUACAGAGCGAGUCAGAUCUCCGCGAAGGCCGGAUUUUAUCAGCAAGAAACUGCACACUAUGAGCACGCAGAUUCGUUACGUGCAUUCGCAUGCAAAUAGCAUUACCCAACGACAUACUCAGUCGCUUUCAAGCAACUUGGCUCUUGUUAAUAGAACUAUGCAGAUGAAAUAUCCGAGAUUUUUCGCGUCAACCUUCUCUACGCAUCCUGAAGAUUCCAUAUCAAAGAAGGUUGACGAUGAGGUUUUCAAUCAACAAGAAGAUAAACAGCAAACGGAUUCGAACAGAGAAAACGAGGGAAAGUCUAACGAUCCUAAUUCGAAUGACACAUUAAACAGCGACCAAUCCCUCUUAGAAUCUCGGACAAGCAGCGAUCAGGAGCAAACGGAUGCUGAUUUCGCGAAAACGCUGGAUGUUAUCGCGGACAAGGAAAUGGAGAUUUCCAUAAACCAACUCCAAAGUACUGAUCACAAGAAGAUUGCACAUCUUUCAGAUUCUAUCGUGUCUUCUGGAUAUGAAAUAGAACGUUACGAGGAAUCACACUCCAAUUAUAUAAAUUUAAAUGACAAAGGUGCUACGUAUGUCGCUUUUGACGAUUCAUCGAUUGACAGCGGUUCAGUCAAAUCAAUAAAGAAAGAAUCGAGCGGCAAUAAUACCCUCAACUCGAACGUGGACGACGAUUCGAGCAAGGACUACAUCAUCGAUGGCGAUUAUGUACGAUUACCCGGCGAUCCUUAUCCCUACAGCAAGGAAAACCUGGACAAAUGGCGCGUGCCGCGUUUCAGGAAUCUCGUCUACAAGCCGUGGAAGCGGGAAACGUUCCGCUCCUUCUCCGAGUCUCGCACCGUCGUGCGGUCAACCCUGAGGAACGCUAAUGACGCGUACGCAAACGCCGCCGGGGAGCCACGCGAUUCUCACGCCGGUGAGGUGGUAAUGGAGACUUCAGGAAGUAGCGGCGCAAGAAAGAGGACGGGACAAGCGAACAGAUUCCACGUGUCCUCUCAGGAUCAGCAGGUGGUGUCUGAUUGCUUGCGUGGCGACGCCGCGGACGCGUUGGGACUGCGGCAAUGGACGGAGGCCUUUUCGCGGCUCGACGUCAGCGACGGGGAGACAAACGAGGUGGCGUGAAGCGGCGACAACGCACCAUUCCGCGCGCGUCACGAGUAGUUCGCGACGGAAUGUAAGUUCCGGUGCGCGUGCACCUUCGCAUAAUUCAGUUCUCUCAAUUAAUUAAGACGGACUCGCUGCUGCGACGUAAUAAGUCAAGGUUCCGCGAGCUUCAAUCUCUGAUUGCCUCAUUUCCGUUUGCUUUCGAUGCAACAAGUACGAACACAAUGAACGUGAAAAUAAAUAAUAUUUUGUUUCAGCAGUUUCUUACGUUGCAAUCUUUCAUAGUCUCUUUCGUAAUAUUUUUUUCUUUUUAAAAAUAUUUCAAAAUACACAUAAAAUUUAUUAAUAUAUAUGUAAAUGAGGGAAACAACGUUUUAAAAAUAGAGAGAUUGAGAAAAUGUUCAAUUCAUAUUUGCAAAAAUUGCAGAUAUCUUCAAUUGUGAAUCAAAAUCAUACUUAUAAAUAAUGUUAGUGUAAAAUAAUUUUUUCAAAAAAGUGAAUUGUAAUUUUCUUACUUUUAAAAUUAUAGAAAUUAACAGAAAGAUCGGUAAUAAAAUACACGAUUUAAUGACGUCCUCAUAAUAUAUCUAAUUAUUUUGCAGCUUGGUAUUGCUUAAGCUCUGACUUAUUCGGAUUCGUAAAUAAUUUCCAUUGGAUCAUCCGGUACGAUUUACGUGCGCGCCCUCCGCCUCCUGAAAUUAUUCUCCACUCCCAUAAACACGUUCGCCUUCUCGCACUUACGAUUAAAAGUGGAUAGGAAAUCAAGCGGGGCCGCAUUCACGAAAUUACCGUAUACAGUGCGGUUAGCUCGCCUUAAAAGCUUUUUUGAUCUUCGAGACGAUCGAGCAUUAAUCCCCGACCAACGCACCUGUCGAGAGGCAACAGCAGAAGGAACGAGGAGGAGGAGGAAAAGAAGGAGGAGGAUAAGGUUGGAGAACGGCUAGGUCGUUCAAUCAGACACGUGUACUUACGUGUACAUCGGCGUGCAUCCGGCAUGGACUCUCGGCACUUCUUCCUCGGCCAAACGAACGAACUAUCGACCCACCGCGCCGGGAUAUGCGUGCCUACCGGUCACGAACGCGGGCCGGAGGCUGUUAUUUGACCACCGGCGAGAUCUCCGAAUCGUCGUCCCCUCUCUGUCUAAUCAUUCAAAUCGCAGACGUCCUGCCGGCAUCUAAUCGGCACUGGCAUACGCAUCGCGUCCGGUAUUCCUCGACGAGGGAGUGGACGGACCGGACUCUCCUCUUUGAAUUGCGAGUACAAGGAGAAACGUUGAAUCCGGUCGGCACAUCACACUACCGCGAUACCGAGGCACCGGCUACCAUAUUGCGCUACUACCAUCGUCGAUAAUGCCCGCAGGUAAUGGCGGACCCCGUGGCCCUGAUUACCUUCGCGCUGGUGGAAGACACGCGGACGUAGUUUAGCCUCGGUUACGGCAGCUGGUCGUGCCAUGCCGUGCCGUGCCACUUUCCUGACCGCUCACCCGCUGAUCCUGGCUGUCAUUUGCUCCUGCGGACGUUCCGCGUGCUCUUCUGCGGACGUUGCUCGCAACGUCUAACGGAAUACGAAUAAUGAGCAUUGAAUGAUGCCGCUCGGGUUAGAGUCCGAUGCGCGGCAUAGCGUUCCGGCUCCUUGUCGAAGUGAUCAGAAGCCAUUCGUGUGCAUUUUCUAAGAGUCCAUAAAAUUUGCCCCGGGAUAAUUCUUUUCGAGGGAUCUGCGGCAUCUAGUCGUUAAAUGCACAUUUAUAAUAGAACGCCGUUUCUUCUUCGACGAAUCUUACAACAUUCAGUUGACAUCGCAAAUCCUAUUCUUAUUUCUUCUUACUCGGAAAGACAAGAAGGAAUUUUGCUUAAUAGUAGCGACGUUCGCAGCUUUACUAUUUUCAAAUACUUACAAUUGACUUUUUUAGUCUCUCGCUUCGGUAUAUAUCGAGACGAUUAAACCCUUCGUCGGGAGACGUAACAACGCAGCAUAACGACAAAACCGAGACGGGAUUGGCAUUGGUAGCAGACGUUACUUUUAUUUACGACUAGAUUCCGCUGACUACUCUCCGGGUCCGCUCCUCCUUGACCCUCUCCUCUCGUUCCCGGCGAGGUUAGAACGAUCCUAUCUACGCGAGACGUAACCGUGCGCGGAUCAUUCCCUUCGGGGUCUCUUGCACUAUAAAAGAUCGCCCUAUGGUUGUAUAUUACUCACGCCACCGUGUUUUCACUUGGCGCGGCGAUCGGCGCCGAUAUCAUAACUCCUUGUCGUACCGCCGUUCAACCAGCAAAUCUACCCGACGACGAGGCCUCCCCCAGGUAGCGAUAGCAAUUCCGAUAUAACCGGCAGCCGUUGUAAGACGAGGACGAACAUCACCGGUAUACAAAACAAAGUCCUCGUCGACUGGCCUCGACUCUUAUCGCGCCUAAGUGUGACGAAUUUUCUGCAGGUCUGAUUGCAAUUUGGAACUUACAUAUCAACAUUAUGUCAUCGACUGAUUAACGUUUUGCAUGCCGGUGAUAACUUAUUUUUUCCCAUAAAGAGGAAAAAGUAUUAAUAAAAUUAAAGGCGUAUAAAUUCUAUUAUUACCAAAGUAAAAAUAUUUAGGAAAAAAAAGAGAUGGGGGAGAUGUUGCGCGAUUAAGUUAUGUUGAGGCCUCAUAAAUGCAUGUUAUUCACACGGCGAAUUUGAUGGAAAAUUCGUGUGUUUAGCAUUCUAAUAAUGGAACGCCUCGUAAAUAUGUCGCGAUGAUUCCGGUAAUGGAAGGUCACCCGGGAAGUGAGUGAAAAUUCCACAAUGUGUUAGCGCCGUUUCACGCAUAGAGCUAUAUAAUCCGGGACGCUGCGACCAUCCGCGGCAUUCGAGACACCGAAAUAGAUGGUUUACAGCCUCCCUUAAAUACGUCAACGUUUAUGCGUGGAUUCCCGAAAGUAAAUCGACGAGGAAUGUUUUCGUAUGACGGCGGCCCCGUCACGAGCCGAAGCCAACUUAAACGCCGAGAAGCCAAGCAGUCCUCCCUCCGUCCGAGGCGAGAUCACUGGUUAUUAUUAAUAACACGAAGAGCAUCUUUGUUUACGAUGUCACGCUCUUUUACACAUGUGCGGCUUUAUGAUACAUCGAUGCGGUUGAUCUUGUUCGUUUUUGGCUUG